AUGAGGCCAGCGCAGACCUUACUCUCCCAAGGCCGACUGCUCCUCGUGCUGGUUCUGACAGUGCUCCUUCUUGACUCUCUUGGCGACGAUGUCAUUUUUCUUCCUGAAUGGGAGUUUGACUCGUACGAAAUCACCAUUCCCGAGAAGCUGAGCUUCCGAGGAGAAGCGCAGGGUGUGGUCAGUCCCGUGUCCUACCUCCUGCAGCUGAAAGGCAAGAAACGUGUCCUCCAUUUGUGGCCCAAGAGGUUUCUGUUGCCCCAACAUCUCCGCGUUUUCUCCUUCACGGAACGUGGGGAACUGCUGGAGGAUCGCCCUUAUAUACCCAAGGACUGCAACUACAUGGGCUCCGUGGAGGGAUCUCUGGACUCUAAAGCUACUAUAAGCACGUGCAUGGGGGGUCUCCGAGGUAUAUUCAGCAUUGAUGCGGAGCAUUACCAAAUCGAGCCCCUCAAGACCUCUCCCACUUUUGAACACGUCGUGUAUCGCCUGAAGAAAGAGCAGUCUGGCAGUCAGGCUUGUGGUUUAAGUGACGAGGAACUAGAAUGGCAGAUGGCCCCUUAUGAGAAGCAGGCUAGGCUAAGGGACUUUCCCGGAUCCUAUAAGCACCCAAAGUAUUUGGAAUUGGUCCUGGUCUUUGAUCAAAGUAGGUACAGGUUUGUGAACAGCAAUCUUUCUCAAGUCAUACAUGAUGCCAUGCUUUUGACUGGGAUUAUGGACACCUACUUUCAAGACGUUCGUAUGAGGAUACACUUAAAGGCUCUCGAAGUAUGGACGGAUUUUAACAAAAUACGCGUUGGAUAUCCAGAGUUAGCUGAAGUUUUAGGCAGAUUUUUGCUAUAUAAAAAAAAUGUAUUAAAUGCUCGGCUCUCAUCAGAUUGGGCACAUUUAUAUCUUCAAAGAAAAUUUAAUGAUGCUCUUGCGUGGUCAUUUGGAAAAGUCUGUUCUCUAGACCUUGCUGGAUCAGCGAGUACUUUACCAGGUACAAAUGUCCUUGCCCCUGCCACCUGGUCUGCUCACGAGCUGGGUCAUGCCGUGGGGAUGCUGCAUGAUGAACAAUACUGCCAAUGCAGGGGUAGGCUUAAUUGCAUCAUGGGCUCAGGACGCGCUGGGUUUAGCAAUUGCAGUUACAUCGCUUUUUUUAAACACGUCUCUUCAGGAGCAACGUGUCUAAAUAACAUCCCAGGACUUCGUUAUGUGGCUAAGAGAUGUGGCAACAAAAUCGUAGAAGACAAUGAGGAAUGUGACUGUGGUUCCCCAGAGGAGUGUUAUAAAGAUGGGUGUUGCAAAUCAAAUUGUAAGUUGCAACCAGGCGCCAACUGUAGCGUUGGACUUUGCUGCCAGGAUUGUCAGUUUCGUCCAUCUGGAUACGUUUGUAGGCAGGAAGAAAAUGAAUGUGACCUUGCAGAAUACUGUGAUGGGAAUUCAAGUCACUGUCCAAAUGACGUUUAUAAGCAGGAUGGAACACCCUGCAAGUAUGAAGGCCGUUGUUUCAGGAAGGGAUGCAGAUCCAGAUAUAUGCAGUGCCAAAGCAUUUUUGGGUCUGAUGCCAGGGAGGCCCCCAGUCAGUGCUAUGAUGCAGUCAACUUAAUAGGUGAUCAAUUCGGUAACUGUGAGAUUACAGGAAUUCGACAUUUUAAAAAGUGUGGCAGUGAAAAUUCCAUAUGUGGCAGGCUACAGUGUAUAAAUGUCGAAACCAUCCCUGAUUUGCCAGAGCAUACAACUGUAAUUUCUACUCAUCUACGGGCAGAAAAUCUCCUGUGCUGGGGCACAGGCUAUCAUCUGUCCAUGAAACCCAUGGCGAUACCUGACGUGGGUGUGAUAAAUGAUGGCACCUCCUGUGGGGAAGACCGGGUAUGUUUUAAGAAAAACUGUGUCAAUAGCUCAGUCCUGAAGUUCGACUGUUUGCCUGAGAAAUGCAACACCCGAGGUGUUUGCAACAACAGGAAAAACUGCCACUGCAUGUAUGGCUGGGCACCCCCAUUCUGUGAGGAGGUGGGAUAUGGAGGGAGCAUCGACAGCGGGCCUCCAGGACGGCUAACAGGGGUGAUUCCCUUGUCAAUUCGGAUCGUGUCCAUCAUAAUGUUUCGCCUUAUCUUAUUAAUCCUUUCAGUGGUUUUUGUGUUUUUCCGGCAAGAGAUAGGAAACUACUUAAACCCCAGCAAGGAAGAAAAGAUGCCACCAUCCGAAGCAAAACCUGGACAGGAAGAAUCUAAAGCAAAAACCAGAGAGGAAGAAUCGAAAACAAAAACCGGACAGGAAGAAUCAAAAGCCAAAGCUGGACAGGAAGAAUCAAAAGCCAAAGCUGGACAGGAAGAAUCUAAAGAAGAAUCAAAAGCAAACGUUGAAAGUAAACCCCCCAAAGCAAAGAAUGUCAAGAAACCAAAAAAGUAA